CAUCUCAGGUGUGACCGCAGAAACCUCCACCCGGGGACUCCACCCUGUCAGGAAUGCAGAGUAGCAAGGGUUUGCUUUUGGCAUUUGACUUCGAGCAGCCAACCCUUCUUCCACUCUCGUUUGGUUACUCUGUUGAUUCACUAGCGGAUGCCUUUUUUUUUAAAUUUACCUAUCGACACCUUUAAAUUAUAGCAGCACCUGAUGAAGUUAAAGUGUCAGCUGAUGUGAGUUAUAUUAACUAGUUGCUCCCUCUAAAAAAAAAAUCCAGGUUGGUUGACUUCCAAAUUCAGUGUUGGGUGCAUGCACACUACAGAUGCAGGAUGCGGUGCUGUCCCACCUCAACGCUCCACCUUCUGCGCUGUCUGCGGUUACGCUCGUGUACCAGGAGAGGAAAGAGCAGACUGCCUCUGUGGAUUAGGGAACUAUGGGCUUACAUGAGCUUGCUUGUGCAGUCACUUUACUUUAACUCCCUCACAGACUCGGAUGUGGUUUUCGACUCAGUCUUUGAACCUGUGUUUUGGACUGUGGAUUAUGUCACCCGUUGGUUUGGCACGGUGUUUGUGUGCCUGGUGGUGAUACUAGUCAGCUCCAUUGUGGGGAUUGCCUACAUGGUCCUACUGCCUCUGAUCCUCAACACAUACUCCCCUGUGUGGAUUGCUUGGCAUGUUUGCUAUGGACAUUGGAACAUCGUCAUGAUUGCUUUCCACUACUACAAGGCCACCAAGACUUCCCCUGGGUACCCCCCUACAGAAAAAAAUGACAGUCCCUUUGUGGCAGUCUGCAAAAAGUGCAUCAUGCCCAAACCAGCAAGAACCCACCACUGUGGUAUUUGUAACAGGUGCAUUCUGAAAAUGGAUCAUCAUUGUCCCUGGUUGAAUAACUGCGUGGGUCACUUUAACCACCGUUACUUCUUCUGCUUCUGCCUCUUCAUGACCUUGGGCUGUGUCUACUGUAGCAUCAGUGGCAGAAACCUGUUCCUAGAUGCAUACAAAGCUCUUGAGCGCUUUAAGCAUUUGGACACGGAAAAGCCAGGGGUACCAGUAACAGGGAUGGGACUUCUUAUAGGGCUUCUCCCUCCUGGCCAGACCAACUAUCAGACAUCUGCUCCUCCGUACACCUUUAAGGAUAAGAUGAUUCAUAAGAGCAUCAUCUACAUGUGGGUGCUUACCAGCACGGCGGGUGUGGCUCUGGGAGCUCUGACUCUUUGGCACGCAGUUCUUAUAUCUAGAGGAGAGACGAGCAUAGAAAGACACAUUAACAGCAAAGAAACAAAGCGAAUGGCAAAUCGAGGGAAGGUGUACAGAAACCCUUACAACUACGGCAGCCUGAAUAACUGGAAAGUCUUCUUUGGCGUGGAGAAGAGAAGUCACUGGCUGACGCGUGUUCUACUUCCCUCUGGACAUACCCCACUUUGUGAUGGUUUGAAAUGGGACGUCUUCCCAGUUAAAAAGGACCUAAUACCUGUAUGACAGACGGCAUACUUGUAGCCUAACUUCAGCAGUCUUUGCUGUGUCCAACCUGUUCUGGUUGACUUAAAGGAUCCUUGCAUGGUGGCUCCUUACAGCUCAAGAAAUGGGGUCAUAUCAACUUCCAAUACCUCAAAAACCUGCUGCGGCAUUGCUCAUGGACAGUCUACAAUUUUUGAACGGUUUGUUCUCUACUAGGUUUUACUGAGUAUUACAAACGGGUCUUAGCUGCCUGUGAGCUAAUGACGGGUUUGAUAUUUUUAUAAGUCACUUGUACUGACUAACAUAUUAUUGGACUGAAGUACAUUUAGAAUCAUGAUUUUUUUUUUUUUUUAAAGCAAACUAUCUCUAAGAAAAGAAAAAACAUAUAAGAUUUAGGAAAUAAUGGUUCUUCCUAACUCCUACAACUCCCUUUUCCAUGUGCACACUCCAGUCCAAUAUUAUCAUUUGAAAUUAACUUUCAAGUUAAAAUUGCAGUACCAUGAUAAUGUGUUAUUUAUCUGUAUUUUGUACCAAUUAAGUUAAUAAAUCUUUAUAAAUGGCUUUAUUUAAAUAA